AAAGCUUAUUCCCUGCUAAAUUAUGAAGACCUCAGCAAACAAAAACACCAUGUUGAAGAACCCAAAAAUUGUCAAGACAUCUCCCUCAACAGUGAAGACCGCGCCGCCUGGCAAAGCAGCUGCCAAGAGCUUUGAUGUGGCCCAAGUGUGCAGUGUGGACCUGGGGAGCGAUGGCGGAGUCCGGCUUCCGCCUCUAACGCUCCAGAGUCGGGUGGAGCCAGAGGACGUGGUGGAUGCCCGUUUUCGGCUGGUGGAGGCGAGGUCCCAGACAGUGGUGCUCACCGAUCGGCAGUUCGAUGUUCACUUGAAGCGGCUGGUGAAGGUCUUCAUGUCCGAGGUAUCCAUUACCAGGGACAUGCGCGCACUUAACUCGAAGAGGUCGCUUCAGCCAGCCGACCGGCUGCUGUUGCAGGAUCUGGAGAUACUCAAGGGCAAAUUCAAGGAGGAGCGAUCCAAUCUGGUGGUGACACUCAGCAUGGAUAGCAGAAACAGAUCCAAGCUAAACUCUACCAAAGAAGCCAACACCCAGAGCCAAGAUAAGCAUGAAAGACCCUCUGAUUCCGCUGAUGAUGUGAUACCAUCUACUAGUAAGACGUCCAAGCUUCGCAAGUGUUCAGUUCCAUCAAGGAAACAAGGAGGAGCCCAACCAAAAGUACCAUCCAAUCCUCCAUCCAAUCCGGUGAAGACACUUAGCAUGGGAAGCAGACACAGAUCCCAAAAAAGUUCUACCACAGAAAUCCAGCCUGAAGCCAACAACCAGGACCAAAAAGAAGAAGAACCUUCUGAUUACUUUGAUGUUGUGACACCAUCUACUAGUAUGACGUCAAGAAAACAAGGAGGCGCUCAAGCAAAAAUCACUUCCAAUCCUCCAAUCAUUUGCAAAAAUAUCGUAGCACCCGAAGAGCUGUCGAUUAAGUUAAUGGAAAAACUCAAGCAGAGGUUUGCCAAAACAACUGAAAGUCCUAAAAUUAAAGUACCGCUAUCCGCUCAAGAAAAAGAACCAGUAAAUGAAUCAAAAAUGUAUCUACCUAACGCUCCUGUAGCCGCUCCUGUAACUGCUCCUGUAGCCGCUCCUGUAACUGCUCCUGUAGCCGCUCCUGUAGCCGCUCCUGCAGCCGCUCCUGUAGCUGCUUCUGUAGCCGCUCCUGUAGCCGCCCGAGUAACCUCUUCAGUAUCCUCUACGGCCAAGAUCAAGGCUAAGGCCAAACCUAAAGAACUCUCAGAAAGUUUAUCUGAUAUAUUCUAUGACUUUCCCAUAGCAAUCUAUUAAGUGUACACUCCCCGUCAUCUUCUUUAAAUAUUGGUUACAAAGAAAGUCUUACGUUCCAGUCUAAGUAAUGAAUGUUUUCCCUCUUUGUAAUCAAUCUUUGAUUGAGGAAAAUAAAUGGUUAAAGUGUAUGAUCUGAA